AUCAUUAUCGGCUGGAAUCAAGACAGAAACGGGUGAAAACUGAAGCUUUAAUUGUCGCAGAAAUGGAGAAAGUUGCGUUCAUCACUUUUCUUCUGACAGCUGUCUUCAGUUUCUCUGCAUGUGUUGCACGUCAGUAUCACUUUGUGAAUCAGAAUUUGAACUGGACUGAAGCUCAGAGUUUCUGCAGUGAGAAUUACACAGAUCUGGCCACCAUCAACAACAAGAACGACAUUGAAGAACUGAUGAAGACUGUGAAUGUUCAAAGUGUUCAGCAUGUCUGGAUCGGACUGCACAGGACAGAGAUUAAAACAUGGAAGUGGUCUCUGGGUGACCCUGUGUUCUACACAGGAAGUGAUUCACUGAAUCAGAACUGGAGAAACUCUCAAUCAAACGGUGAUGGUGACUGUGUUUAUAUGAAUAAUGGAGGAUGGUAUAAAAGUCAAUGUUCUGACAAAACCUCUUUCAUUUGCUAUAAUGACAGCAGUGAAGAAUACAUCUUUAACAGUACAGACAUGAACUGGAGAGACGCUCAGAGUUUCUGCAGAGAGAAACACACAGAUCUGGCCAGUGUGAGGAACCAGAAUGAGAAUCAGAUGAUUCAGCAGAUCAUUAAAAAUCACACAGGAAGUGAUAAGAACGUCUGGAUCGGUCUGUUCAGAGACUCAUUGGAGUGGUCAGAUCACAGUGAAUCCUCAUUCAGAUUCUGGACACCUCAAGAACCCAAUAAUAAAGACAAUGCUGAAAACUGUACAGUGAUUUCACUCAAAGACCAGCGGGGGAAAUGGGAAGACUGGCGUUGUAAUAAAACCUUUUCGUUUGUCUGUUAUGAGGGUGUAUCUCGAGGUGUUGGAUUCAUCCGGUUUGACCGGCGUGUUGAAGCGGAGGAGGCCAUUAAAGGUUUGAAUGGUCAGAAACCGCCGGGAGCCACUGAACCAAUCACAGUGAAGUUUGCCAACAAUCCCAGUCAGAAGAGUAGUCAAGCACUGCUGUCACAACUGUACCAGUCGCCCAACAGAAGAUACCCCACUCCACUGGCACAGCAGACGCACAGAUUCAGGCUGGACAAUCUGCUCAACAUGGCAUAUGGAGUGAAGAGUCGAUUCUCGCCCAUGACCAUUGAUGGGGUCACCGGUCUGGCAGGCAUCAAUCUCCCGGGUCACUCGGGCUCAGGCUGGUGUAUUUUCGUGUACAAUCUUGCACCGGAUGCGGACGAGAGCAUUCUCUGGCAGAUGUUUGGGCCGUUUGGCGCCGUGACCAACGUAAAGGUCAUACGAGACUUCAACACAAACAAGUGCAAAGGAUUCGGCUUUGUCACCAUGAUAAACUACGAUGAGGCGGCCGUGGCGAUUGCCAGUUUAAAUGGGUACCGACUCGGUGAUAGAGUUUUACAAGUCUCAUUCAAAACUACCAAAACACACAAGGCCUGA